AUGUCCGGCAACGCCGCCAACAAUGUGGACCUAUCUAGGAAGCAGAUACUCCUGAAUGCCUUCGACAUGUCCACCGUUGGGCACCUGUCUCCCGGGCAGUGGAAGGAUCCAGAUGAUCGGUCGGCGACAAAGCGUAGUCUUGAUUAUUGGACCAACCUUGCCAAGCUGCUGGAGAGAGGGAACUUCAACGCUCUAUUCCUGGCGGAUGUGCUAGGGGGAUAUGACACGUAUGAGUCCAAAGCGGACAAUGCAAUUCGAAGAGCUGCCCAGUGGCCCAUGACUGAUCCUGUUAUACCGAUUUCUGCCAUGGCUGCCGUGACCAAGAACCUUGCAUUUGCCAUAACUUCGUCGACUUCGUUUGAAGCCCCCUUCGUGCUUGCAAAGCGGUUUGCCACGCUUGACCAUCUCACUAAUGGCCGGAUCGGGUGGAAUAUCGUCACGUCAUGGAACAAAACGACGUUCAAGGCCCUUGGGUUCCCACAGGGGAUUGAGCAUGACGAACGUUACGCCCAGGCACAGGAGUACCUCCGUGCGUUGUACAAACUCUGGGAGGGGUCCUGGGCAGACGAUGCCCUCUCCCCGGAUCCAGAGAGAGAUGUCUAUGUCAAUCCAGAGAAAGUCCGCCAGAUCAACCACAGCGGCAAAUACUACCAUCUCGAGUCCAGAUUUAUUGUCGACCCAUCACCGCAGCGAACACCAUUCCUCUUCCAGGCCGGAACGUCCUCUGCAGGGUCCGCCUUUGCAGCAACCCAUGCAGAAGCUAUCUUCGUCUCAUCACAUUCUCCAGAAGUGCUGCGACCCAAGAUAGACAAGAUCCGAGGCCAGGCCGCCGAACUGGGCCGUGAUCCGCGAUCUUUGAAAUUCUUCGCUACUUUGACUCCCAUAAUCGGCAGAACAGACGAGGAGGCCCGCGAGAAACACGAUCGGGCCCGGAAAUAUGCAUCGACAGUUGGAGCCUUGGCCCUAUUCAGUGGCUGGUCGGGGAUUGACAUGUCUAAGAUCCCAAUAGAUCAGGAGAUCAGUACAGCAGAUUCGGAAGAAGCAUUCAAGGUUACAAGCACAUUGUCGUCGCUUUCUGCGAACAGCGUUGAUAUCCCACGUUGGACUCCGCGUCUGGUGGCUGAACAUGUGUCCUUGGGGGGCCUUGGACCUCUGGUUGUUGGCUCGCCGUCCACAGUUGCAGAUACAAUGGAGCGAUGGAUGAGUGAGGCUGGUCUGGAUGGCUUCAAUAUUGGCUACGUGACGACCCCUGGCACAUUCGAGGAUGUGGUUGAUCUGCUGAUCCCUGAGCUUCAGCGCCGUGGAGUAUAUCCAUCUCAGGCGAAGGAGGGGCUCACGGCGCGGGAGAAGAUCUAUGGACAGGGACAAAGCAAGCUAAGAGACGAUCAUAUUGGAAGUAGAUAUAAAUACGAUGUAUACAAGGAGGACCAAAGUGGUGGGUAG